AUGGCCUACCGCUCGCCGUAUUUGACUUUUGCCUUAGUUUUACUCGGAUUUUCCUUGUCCGUCCUCGCCCAGUAUGAGAAAUAUAGCUUCCGUAGCUUUCCUCGGCAUGAGUUGAUGCCGCUCGACUCUGCGUACAGGCACGCGUUGGACCAGUACAGUGGGGAGAAAUGGCCCGAAACCGUGGAAUACCUGGAGGUGAGUCUGCGGUUAUACCGGCUUCUGCGCGACAGUGAGGCCUUCUGCAACCUCAACUGCAGCACCGUUCGGCUCGAUGAUGAGAGCCGCUUUGCUGAAUUCCCAGAGUUGCAUGCCUUCGGUAACGUGAUGAAACGCGCACAGUGUUUGAAGAGAUGCAAACAGGGUUUACCAGCCUUCCGCCAAACUCUGCCCAGCCGCGAGACCAUGGACGAGUUCGAGAAACGCGAGCCAUACAAGUACCUACAGUUCGCCUACUUUAAAAGUGAUAAUCUGGCGAAGGCAGUGUCUGCAGCCCAUACGUUCCUGCUGAAGCAUCCAGACGAUGAGAUGAUGCAGAGGAAUAUGAACUACUAUAAAAGCCUGCCUGGCGCUGAGGAACAUCUCAGAGACCUGGAGUCUAAGACAUAUGAGACCCUGUUUGUUCGGGCGGUCCGGGCGUAUAACGGGGAAAACUUCCGCACGUCCGUGUCAGACAUGGAGCUCGCCCUUCGCGAUUUCUUCAAGGUUUAUGACGAAUGUCUCGCUGCUUCAGAGGGUUCCAGAGACAUCAAAGACUUCAAAGAUUUUUAUCCUUCCAUUGCCGAUCACUACACUGAGGUUCUGGAGAGGAAAGUUCGUUGUGAGAGUGAUCUGACUCCAGUUGUUGGUGGGUUCGUCGUGGAAAAGUUUGUGGCAACAAUGUAUCACUAUCUCCAGUUUGCUUAUUACAAACUGAAUGACUUGAAGAAUGCGGUGCCUUGCGUGGCGAGUUACAUGCUUUUCGACCCGGACGAUGAAGUGAUGAAGAACAAUGUGGUUUAUUAUCGUUAUCACAGAGACAAAUGGGGUCUUGCUGAUGAGGACUUCUUACCCAGACCAGAGGCAGUGCGGUAUCAUAAUCAGACCACACUACAGUUACAGCUCUUAGAAUUCGCCAGACAGAAGCUGCAGUCGGAUGACGAGGGUGAGGUGCUGGAGUUUCUAGAUGAGUUUCUGGAUGCAGAGGAGUAACUGUGAAUACACUGA